AACGUAAUUUUUAUUUUAUAUUUAUAACUUGUCCAUUCAUAACAUUCGCUACAGUCUAAAUAAGAAGAUUAAAAACAACACAUCACAAACAUCAGGAGCAAUACUACAUGUAUUACACACAUAAACAAGCUUUAACCAGAAGCGUACAACCACUUUUUGGCGUGACACUGAACCUUCACCUCAUUGUUGUGAUGGAUUUUCUUGGAUCUGAAAAUCAAAGGUUGAACUUGUGUUUUUUUUUUUUGCCUUCAGAUAUCCAUCAUGGCUUCUCGAGCAGGUCCGAGAGCAACAGGCACAGAUGGCAGUGACUUCCAACACCGGGAGCGGGUCGCCGCUCACUACCAGAUGAGUGUUGCCUUGAAGUCUGAAAUCCGUAAACUCAACAUUGUCCAUCUGCUAAUCUGGGUGCUAAUGACAGCUCAGGUGACUGUGAGCCAGCUGAGCCUGGUGUCCCACAAAGUGGUGGCCUCUCCAUACCAGUGGGAGUACCCCUACCUCCUGAGCAUAAUCCCCACAGUCUUCAGCUUCUUGGCGUUGCCCCGCAACAACAUCAGCUACCUGGUCAUCUCUAUGAUCAGCGCCGGGCUCUUCUGCGUGGCUCCGCUGAUCUACGGCAGUAUGGAGAUGUUCCCUGUAGCUCAGCAGCUUUACCGCCACGGCAAAGCGUACCGCUUCAUCUUUGGUUUCUCCGCUGUGUCAGUCAUGUACCUGGUAAUCGUUAUAGCUGUGCAGGUACAUGGCUGGCAGAUCUACUACAGUAAGAAGCUACUGGACCAGUGGUUCACCAGCACACAGGACAAGAAGAAGAAAUGAACGCAGUGGUUGGUUGUGGACUGUCGCCAACAGACUUGCAGAGGCCUCUUUUUAUAUUUGAGUCUUUGUAUUGGCUUGUGUACAUAAAAUGUGAUUGGAAAUGUU